UGGCGGUGGCCGGGAUAUUCGUAACAGGACCCGGAAGCACUUUCCGUUCCAUUUCCUCCCGAAAAACCCGCCGCGGAUCUCACCUUAGCCGACUAAAAUCACAGUAGAAUUCCAACGUUCCUCCUUCUCCGGAUCACCAUGGCUCUUAACAGGCUCUCCAGGUUUUCAUCUCUUGUUCAGUCUGCAACUUCAGUGUAUUUGCGAAGGAACAUUACUGUCACAGCUAUUGCAUUUAACAAGGAACUUGAUCCUGUUCAAAAACUCUUUGUAGAAAAGAUUAGAGAAUAUAAAUCCAAAAGACAGACAGUUGGAGGACCUGUUGAUACAGGUCCUGAAUAUCAACAAGAUCUGGAAAGGGAAUUAUUCAAGCUUAAGCAAAUGUAUGGUAAAGGAGACAUGAAUACAUUUCCGACUUUCAAAUUUGAAGACCCCAUAUUUGAAGAGGCACCUAAACCCCAGGCUUGAAGAGUGACUACAGACUAUAUCUUGCUAUUUGGUUAUUUGACAUAGCUGUAUGACUAACAGAUAAUAACAAUAAAUUUUAAUUUCAUUUUCACCAAA